AUGCCUCCCAAUGGCUCUUCGUUCACAUCUUUGAAUCUUCCAUCAGCAUUUACCCUCCCGCGAUGCAUGGAGUACUUCACCGUUACUGCGGGACCCAACACGGAUCUUUGGCGCAAACCAGGUGUCCGUGACACCGCCACCGCUCCAAUCGUCUUCACCUCACUCCGACGCCGGUUCGAGGUCGCCGAGGUGACCGUGACCGCGGACUGGGAGAUGGAAUGGGAUCAAGGCGGGCUAGUGAUCUUCGCCGGAGCGGCACCGCAGUCAUCCGAGGACGGACCAAUGCACCAUGUGCCAUUGUCACCACCGCUACCGGGGACCCCCGGCAAAUGGGUCAAAGCCGGCAUGGAGUUCUGCUCCGGGACGAUGAAUGUCUCCAGCGUUAGCGCGACGGUCGACGGCGCGGACUGGUGCGCCUCGCCGUUAUCCUACCCGGAACACGGCCCUGCGAUGGUGCACUCGCUGCGGAUCAAGCUGGAGCGGGUCGGCCACGCCCUCUGGAUCUGGUACCAGGUGCCCGCCGUCGCGGCGCCGUAUGCGAUGAUGACGUCGGGUGCGCUGCCCAGUGGGAUGUGGCGCAAGCUGCGGGAAGUGACCUGGUUCUUCUACGGGGUCGAGGACAAGUUCGUGCACGUGGGCGUGUACGCCAGUCGCCCGAACCGGCUGUCGCGCAGUGCGACGAUGUGGGAGAUGAUGAAUGGGGAUGGGUCGGAGGGGACGGGGGCGGCGGAUGGAUUGGUGGUCGAGUUUGAGGAUCUGGAGAUUUCUUAG